GCAUAUUUCCCAGUUACAAGUGGUUACUAUUUAUGGCAUCCCUAGAUACAUUUUUAUUUUUAUUUUUAUUUAUUUAUUUUUAUUUUUUUUUUCUUUAAAUAAUGUUUCGUCGUAUAACAUCGAUUGUAUUGUUAUCCACAUUCACUUUAUUACCAAUGUCAACAGUAAAUGCACAAGAGAGUGUAAAAGCACAUCAUGAUGGUCAUAAAUUUAGAAAUCCUUGGCCCUCUUUUAUCCCCUUUGGCUUUGGAUCUGUCAUCAAGCUACUUGCUACGACUGACAUUAGGAAUACGACUAAAAGGAUAACAGCACAAGACAGAACGAAGAAAGUAGAAAUGAAUUGGAAUUUAAUUAAACAACAGGAACAACUAGAUAAUAUAACUGUAACAUGGCUGGGACAUGCUUGCAUAUUUUUACAAAUGAAAGGAUUUAAUAUCAUUUUUGAUCCUAUAUUUUCUGAUAGAUGCGCUCCAUUUCAAUUUAUAGGGCCUAAACGAUUUACGGAGCCACCUUGUGCUUUAACAGAUCUACCCAAAAUUGAUGCAGUCAUUAUUUCACAUAACCAUUAUGAUCAUAUGGAUGCUAAUACGAUAUCUCAAAUUGAUCAACAUUCUCCUGACUGCAAAUUCUAUGUUCCUUUAGGUAAUAAGAAUUGGUUUAAAUUGUCUAACCAGCUUGAUAGUCAAGGACAUGAAAGAGUGAUUGAAUUGGAUUGGUGGGAUACGGAUAUCCUUAAAAAGUCUGGGGCAACCCUAAGAUUCACUUGUACACCUGCUCAGCAUCAAUCUGGAAGAACAUUAUUUGAUAAAGAUAAGACACUUUGGUCUUCUUGGUGUAUUGAAGGUUUAGAUAAGAAUGAAAAUCCAACAGAAGGGAGAAUAUUUUUCGGAGGUGAUACAGGUUAUCGUGCAAUUCCAGCAAAUACAAAGCCUGAAGAUGAAUAUAACUAUGAAUAUUUAGAUACUUUGCCUCAUUGUCCUGCAUUUAAAGAAAUUGGUGAAAAGGUUGGACCAUUUGAUUUAGCUUUGAUACCUAUAGGAGCAUAUUCUCCGAGAUGGUUUAUGUCUGCUGUACAUUGCUCGCCAGAAGAUGCAGUAGACCUUCACAAAGAUAUCAACAGUAAACAUUCUAUUGGUAUACAUUGGGGAACUUUUGUUUUAACGGAUGAACCAGUUCAUGAUCCUCCAAAACGUUUAGAAGCAGCAUUAAGACAACGUAAAAUAGACACAAAGGAAUUUCAUGUUCUACCUUUAGGUGGUAGUUAUACUGUGUCUAUAAAGUAGUGCUUAAUCGUCAACGUGAUGAGCUUUAUUGAAAUAGUUGAUGUAUUUUUAUAAAAUCCAUAUUUAUAUAGUUUGAAUAAUAAACAGUAAAUGACCUCGAAAAGCGGGGAGUUUUUCUAAUUUAAA